AUGGCGUUGGUGGUGCGAACGACCGCGAGUCCGUCGGCGUCGACGAUGACGCGCGCGCUGACGACGACGACGACGACGACGGCGCGACGCGCGCGCGCGCGAUGGUGUGGUUCGGGACGCGAACGCGCCACCGCGCGGGCGACGGAGGGCGAGCGAGUCACCGAGGACGCGAUCGGCGCGCUGCGUGAGCUCGCGGAUGGGACGUGGAACGUCGGGACGUAUAAGUCGAAGCGUAAGGCGCACUUGGUGAACGAAUUGGGGGACAUCGUGGGAGAGGAGGAGGCUUCGGAGAACAUCAGCGAACAGCCGGGCUGGGACGACGCCGGGAAGAUGCGGUUUUGCGUGAUGACGGUGAGCGAUGAGCUCGGAAUCGACGAGGAUGAGGUUGGGAAGCGGCUGGCGCAGUUGUUUACGCUCGUGCCGGGGCUGGAGGGGCGGAUGGGGGACAUUAGGAUCGCGGACGUGACGCGGCUGGCGGCGCGCGUGCCAGACGUGGCUUUGGCGAUGAUUCGAUUGAAAGACAUCUUACCAGAGGCGAAUUUGGAAAGGAUGGUCGCGGCGAGGCCGAGUUUAUUGCUCGCUGAUGCGGAUGAGCUGCAAAAGAAGAUCAGUGAUUUGCGCGCGUGCGCGCCGCGCUUGCGAUGGGACAAGAUUCUUUCGGAUUUCCCAGAGCUGUGGGACGUUCGCGACUUUCGAGAGAACAUCGAGGCGUUGAAGGAAAAGCUGAGCGUAACGGACGACGAAACGUUGACUAAGGUGCUCGGUGGGCAGCCUGGUUUGCUGUUGAGCGUGCAAAGCCGCCACGAUAUGAUUUUGUAUGAUAACGGAACGCUGCGACAAGUCGAGGCCAGUAUGAGCGGCGAUUUAACUUCAGAUGGUUGGUAG